AAAAAAACGGUUGCAAGAGAGAAACGAAGAGCAAAAGUUAAUGAAUUGAAUUGGGGAUUUAUGUAGCCAAGCCCUAAAUAAAAAAUCUUCAACUGCAGUGAAAGUGAAGAAAACAGUGAAGAAGAAGAAGAAGAAGAAGAAGAUGGUGGUGAUCUGAAAAUCUCCGAUUGAUCUCACGAUUUCAGAUCUGAUAUGUCAUCUAGAGGCGGAGGAGGAAGGGAGAGGAUGAUGAAGGAAGACGGCAGAGGAAGGAAUCCGCCGUCGCGGCAUCUUUGGGUUGGUAACCUUCCUCAUGGGAUACCGGAACGAGAAUUAGCCGACCGGUUCUUAAGGUUUGGUGAAUUGGAGAGCUUAGCAUUUCAGCCUGGACGAAGCUAUGCAUUCGUUAAUUUUAAACACAACGAAGAUGCGUUUGCGGCUAUCGAGUCGCUUCAAGGCUUCCCACUCUCUGGAAACCCACUUAGGAUCGAGUUUGCUAAGGCGGAAAAGUCAUCAACUGGAUCACGCACAGAAGAUAUAUUUCGCCAUGAUGAACAGCGGUCUGCAGCAAGAGGGUCUUCUUUUGUCCAAAAGGACUCCAGGAUGCUUUAUGAGAGCCCAGACACAUAUAGCAAAUCAAAAAUGAAUGAUAGAAAUGCAGAACCCAGUGAGGUACUAUAUAUAGGGUUUCCGGCUUCGUUGAAAGUAGAUGAUGCGCUCUUGAGGAACGUCUUUUCUUCGUUUGGAGAAAUAACCAAGGUCACGGUAUUCCCCGGUCGCAGUUAUGCAUUUGUUCAAUUCCGAAAUCUGAUGGCAGCUUGUAAGGCGAAAGAAACUCUUCAGGGAAAGUUGUUUGGCAAUCCUCGAGUGCAUAUUUGUUUUGCAAAGAGUGAACCUUCCUCAUCUAGCAGUGGAAGGGGUCCAUCGAGUAGAUCACUCUCUCCGCCUUACAGAUCUGUUGAUCGACUGGGAUCUUCAGAAGGUUAUCUUCAGGAUAGAAAUUAUGGAAGCAUCAGCAGAAUUCCCAGUGUGAGGGAACCACAUUACAUAGCAGAUAGGGAUUUGGAAGAUUCUGAAGAUUACAUGUUUGACAGGAAACGAGUCUCAAGGAACGAUGGAGGUCCUGCAUAUGGAAGGUCGAGAUCUACACAUAGAUUUCCUCAGGAUAUGCAUGAAUAUCAUGGUAGUCCUAGGGAAAUGGGUUCGGCAUUCCGUGAUGAUCCUCACAGAUUCCAGUCAAGGAGUUCAGUGUAUGAAGAGCCAUGGGAUUUACCCGAAGAUGACUACUACUACCAGGAAACCAAGAGACUGAAGUCAAGAUCCGUGCAGCCUGAGAGGCAGCUCCCAGGGCAUCAGCUAUCUGGUAUAGAGCAAGAAAGACGCCCUUUUUCAAGGGCAUCUGCUGAUUUUUCCCCAAAAGAUGCAUUCGAGCGGAACUAUGAGGCUGGACAGUUACGAUACAAGCAAACAGUUGAGCAGCCGUUAAACCUGGCUAUAAGGAACGGGGACAAGAGUAGCUUACGAGAACCACAUGACGAGUUAAUGGGAGGUUAUGCUCUGCCAUCAAUUGUCCCUGAAAGAAAAAGGCACACCCCUGAACUGAAUCGACCAUCACUAAAGGACUGGAACUGGGAAGGGACUAUUGCAAAGGGAGGGAAUCCCAUUUGUGGAGCUAAAUGCUUUCCUGUGGGCAAAGUGAUGGACAUGAUGCUGCCUGAGUAUGUAGAUUGCACGGCAAGAACUGGUUUAGACAUGCUGGCCAAGCAUUACUACCAAUCAUCUAAAGCAUGGGUGGUUUUCUUUGUUCCUGGAAGUGAUGCUGAUAUUGUGUUUUAUAAUGAGUUUAUGCAUUAUCUGGAGGAGAAGCAACGUGCAGCUGUUUCUAAAUUGGAUGACACAACAACAUUGUUCCUCGUGCCUCCAUCUGAUUUCUCCGAGAAAGUACUUAAAGUUCCUGGGAAACUAAGCAUUUCUGGAGUUAUUCUACGUUUAGAAUGUGGUGGUUCUGGAUCUGGGCCUGUCCAACAGCAAGGUGAGAGAAAAGAUUCAGACUUGUUAACCUAUUAUGGUGAAACAUCAUAUGCAGAAGCUAGCGGAGCUUUUCCUGAUGUUGGAAACCCAUGUAUUCCGGGUCCAACAGCAUUUUUGCGUAGUGCGGGUCGUGACGGUCAAAGUGCAUCUAUGGAUCCAUACAUUGAGAGCAAGCAUGAUCAGUUAAGUCACAGGUAUUCUGGAUCGGACUGGCCGCCUCGUGAUACCAACCCCAGAAGUUCACAGAUGCAACCCUUCAUAGAUAAAAAUACUGUUCAAGAACAUAGCGGGUUUGUUCCUGUGAAGCAGCAAAAUGCAGAUCUUAGUCGUUAUCAUGAUACGGAUACUCCAGCCCCAUCGGGGUUUCAGCCUGAACAGCUGACACAUUUAGCUUCCUCGCUGCCCAGACAGCAAAAGCAUGUACAGAACACUCCAAAUCAGCCUGAGAGAUAUGCACCAGAAGGCCGAGCAAGUUUCAGCCAUUUGCAACACGCGCAGACACCAAGCAUACCUCAAUUAGUAUCUCCAGGAAAUCAAAAUGUACAGAUACAAGGUAGCAAUAGCCAACAAGAAGAAGAAACAGAGGCUAAUCCACAGAAGCGUCUCCAAGCAACAUUGCAGCUAGCAGCUGCACUUCUCCAGCAGAUUCAACAAGCUAAACCGAGUUAAAGAUGGCUUCGUAAAGAGAUCGUUUCAUGGUUUUAACUGUAUUAAUUGGGAUGAGCCCUGGCCUGAUCUACAGAUUAACAAGUAUGAGAUCUUUACAUUCUUUCUUGCUGGUCGAUAUAAAGAAGAAAUAGUGCAGAUGCAAGCGUUCACAAUAUCGAGAUUCACAUGCCGUAAUACAUAUAGGCAAAAUCUUUCCAGAUUCAGAUUUUAAAAUGUAGCCUCCUCACUUAUAUCGUUUUACCUUUUGCAUGAAACAAAUAUACUACGUUACGUUGAAUAGUAAUAAUCAAUUUUCUCACUUGUUCUGCUA